UCUAGUUCAGUUGAAUUUCAAUGGCGACCGUCAGCUGGUGUGUUUGAAAAAGCUGGGCGUGAGUUUGGAUCUUUCUUUUUCGGCCUUUGGUUACACAUCGAGAAGUGCAUCUCGCAAUUUGGCCAAUUACGGCAGCACACUCUUUGUUCUGUUGAUAUUGCAUUCCGUCCUGAAUCUACGUCGUCAUUGAUUCAUUUCUUUCAGUGUGUGGUUGUGUGAGCGCCUGUGUGAGAGAAGAAGUGCGAAGAAAGAAAAAAUGCACAGCCUGACCUGAGCAUCACCAUCUGUGACUAGAAAAUUAGAAAAACGGACAUUAAGGAAUACCAAUCCUAAUUUAUUCUAAAACGUUCUCGAGUUUUGUAUUUAAAUAACACGAAUCUUGGAAGAAACUUAAGUAACGGAUAUCCGGCUCUUAAAAAAUAAAUAAAAAUCUCUCCACCCUCUCACACUUAAGGCAAACACACACUCUCAGGAAACAAGAAAAAAUGAAUCCCAGAAUACAUAUGGCGAUUUUUGUCGCUCUCUUGGCUGCAAGUUCGGUUAGCAGUAGCAUCAACAGUGCAUCAUCAUCGGUUGCCAAGCAGCAAGUAAGUGGGCUCAAUCUAAAAGCUCUGGACGAUUUGUACAUUGACGAUGAAGGUGACGACGAUAUUCAGCUGGCUGAUGAAGCUUCCGGAUUAGGUCCCCUGAAACCGGCCCUCGGGGUUGAAGACGAGGAUGAAGGGGAAGAAGAGGAGGACGAAGAGGACGUUGAAGAGUACGACGACAACCCCGUGCCGGUAGAGCCAGCCAAAAAGGCCAAGGACGCCGGAACUACGGCCGCCACUACCACAAACAUGGGCAGCAGUAACAAAAACAUGACGACGGGCAUCAACGACGACUACAAGGAUGACGUGGUGGUACCACCCAAAGUGAGUCCCGUGGCGGCCUCACCUUCGUCGGGCAAGCCUCCGUCGUCGGCAUCUGCCGCUGUCGAUGAUGACGAAGACGAUGACAACUUUGACGGUUCUGGCGGUUCCGGCGCUGGAACUGGAUCAAACGUCGAUGAGGAGAACGAAGAAGACGAAGAUGACUAUGACGAGACCGCGACAGAUGAGGAUGCUAUCGGUGGCAUCGACGUCAAUUCCGUCAUUACGGAACCGGUGCCAAAAACGACGAUGAAACCCGAGAAGAAGCCCGAAGUGGUGGUUGUCGCACCGCCCACCUCUCCGACCAAGGCGCCAAAGGAAACUACCCAGGCCCCUUCGUCUCCACCACCGUCCGGUAGUCGAGAUGAGAACCAGGUUCCGGUCGAGCCGAUGACAACACCAAGGCCCGUGGAUCCUUCUCAUGGCUCUCCGGAUGGCAACCGAGGCAACAAUGACGUCCAGAUCCUCGAUCACAAGCCGGAUGAUCGCCAAGCCUCUUUCUUCGCCCAGCCAGGAAUACUCGCCGCUGUGAUCGGCGGAGCCGUUGUGGGUCUGCUCUGCGCCAUCCUGCUCGUCAUGUUCAUCGUCUACCGCAUGCGCAAGAAGGACGAAGGAUCGUACGUUCUCGACGAGCCAAAACGCAAUUCGCCCAAUUCGCACCCGUACAACAAAAACAGUCGCGAAUUUUACGCUUAAUUUAACACGAGGAAAA